AUGUUCAAAACUGGGAUCCUUCUUCUACUUAUUUUCACCAAUGGUAAUAUUUUAAAAUUAUAUGUUUCACUUUGAUCAUCAAUUUUUUUAUUUAUAGGAAUAAAAUCUUCUUGUAAAUGUUAUCAGAAUUUUCCAACAACUGGUAAAAUUGUUGAAGUUUCCAACGCAUUCGACGCAAACACUUUUGAAUCUUGCUACAAGUCGCCAUGUGCAUUUGUCGCUAACAGUGGUGACAAUAAUGUAGGAUGGAAUGUAAAUUGAUCAAACAAACUUUCAAAAUAAUAAUUGUUGAUUUUUAGAGCGUUUCAAUAAGUUGGGUCAAUAUUUAUGAUCCCACUGGAAAUAUAACUAUUUAUGAUGGAGUUGAUGAAAAAUCACCAGUUAUUGCUACGUAUGUUUUAUACAUUUUCCUGUGAAAUAUUGUAUUUUUUAGUGUUCAAUCCCCAAGCAAAUCAUCUUCAACCACUACAUCCUUCCAAAGUUCUACAGAAACCAUUUAUAUUAAAUAUACGCAAACAAUUAUUACAGCAGGAAGUAUGUAGAUUGUCCAUCAAGGAUUUUUGAUUAACCAAUUUUCAUUUAGAUAGUUAUUAUGGUACAAUUCAAGCUGGAGGUUCAUUGCCGACAAUAAAGCAGAAUUGA